AUCACUUAAUUUAUUUAUAAAAUAAAAAUAAAAAUGAAAACAUUACUUAGGAAAGAGAAACAAAAUAUCGAACUUUGCAUUUCUGCAAGAGAACGGAAAAACAAAAUCCAUUUGUUAUUUCUUUCUCGCUCUGCAACUCUGCGCAUUAGGGUUCAGCCAUGGCGAUUCCUUACAUGGAAGCUGUCGUUGGGUUUAUGAUAUUAAUGUACUUCUUCGAAUCAUAUUUGGAUUUGCGGCAACAUGCAGCACUAAAACUGCCAGUUCUUCCAAAAACCUUGGAAGGCUUAAUCAGCCAAGAGAAAUUUGAAAAGUCUCGAGCCUAUAGUCUUGAUAAAAGCCACUUCCAUUUUGUCCAUGAGUUUGUGACCAUCCUAAUGGAUUCUGCAAUUUUGUACUUUGGGGUAUUGCCUUGGUUUUGGAAGAAAUCAGGAGAUUUUGUGGUGUUAGCUGGUCUGAAUGCAGAGAAUGAGAUACUGCACACUCUUGCAUUUUUAGCUGGUGUUAUGUUUUGGUCACAGAUCACUGAUUUGCCAUUUUCCCUUUAUUCCACUUUUGUGAUUGAGGCCCGUCAUGGUUUUAAUAAGCAAACAGUUUGGUUAUUCUUUAGAGACUUAAUCAAAGGAAUUUGUCUUGCCGUCAUUCUGGGUCCUCCUAUUGUGUCUGCAAUCAUUUUUAUAGUUCAGAAAGGAGGUCCAUACUUGGCCAUAUAUCUCUGGGCCUUUAUGUUCAUUCUGUCAAUUGUGAUGAUGACACUCUACCCAAUUCUCAUAGCCCCACUUUUUAACAAGUUCACUCCUCUUCCAGAAGGUGGUCUCAGGGAAAAAAUAGAAAAACUUGCUGCAUCUCUCAAUUUUCCAUUGAAGAAGUUGUUUGUCGUAGAUGGUUCCACAAGGUCAAGUCAUAGCAAUGCCUAUAUGUACGGAUUCUUUAACAACAAGAGAAUUGUUCUCUAUGAUACACUGAUUCAACAGUGCAAAGACGACAAAGAAAUUGUAGCUGUUAUUGCUCAUGAACUAGGGCAUUGGAAACUUAAUCACACAAUGUACUCGUUUAUAGCUGUGCAGAUUCUUACUCUUUUGCAAUUUGGAGGAUAUACACUUGUGAGGAACUCAAGUGACCUGUUCCGGAGUUUCGGGUUUGAUACACAGCCAGUACUUAUUGGACUUAUAAUAUUUCAGCACACUGUAAUCCCUCUCCAGCACCUAGUUAGUUUUGGUCUUAACCUUGUCAGCCGAUCUUUUGAAUUUCAGGCUGAUGCCUUUGCUAAGAAGCUUGAAUACACUUCCUCACUUCGGGCUGCUCUUGUCAAACUACAGGAAGAGAAUCUGUCAGCCAUGAAUACCGAUCCUUGGUACUCAGCUUAUCACUAUUCUCAUCCCCCACUUGUUGAAAGGUUGGCUGCUCUUGACGAACCAGAUAAGAAGUCAAACUAAUGUGGGUAACCUUUGGAUAACGGCAGAAACAGCUUGGUUAUUCUGAACCCUUCGAAAUCACUAGCUUUAUCUUAUGGGGCUCACACAUCUUUCAAGUAUCAUUACUAUAACAACACACUGGUUAAAAGUGAACCAAGCACCGAGAAAAUGAGCAAAACAAGUGAGAGAAAAAGAAAUAGGGGAGGAGAAGUUGUUUAGUCAUAAUUAUAAAUUGUCAUGUAUGCAUGAAUGAACUAACAUUCUGAGUGACUUUGAGCAUAGUUAUCCUUGUUCUGAUAGCUUUCAGCUAUAUGUAUGGUAGUUUCUUUUUGUGGAGAAUUUUAUAUAAUCUAAAUGCUAUAAUGUACUUUGGAAAGUUGGAAGUAUUUUCACCUA